UCGGCAUCUGAUACUUGGUCUAUGGACGUCGGCUUCCAUGGAGGAGAAUCCAUGUAACUGAUAAGCUGGCAAGAUAUCCUAUGCCCACCUUCAAUGGUUCCAGGCUGGUAGCUUCUCCAUCAUCACCAAAGCUCCUGUCUUUCCGAAACCCCAAUAAUCCAUCCUACACACAAGGGGGUUCUGCAGCUUCCAUGAAAGAAACUUCAGGACUGUUACGCUCAUUCUCUGCACUGAAAUCAUUCUCUGACAAAGUGGGAGAUGCCUUUGCCAAACUUAGUUCUUCAAUUAAGCAUAGAAAAGAUCAUCAGAAUCUUAAGAGGAGAUUGUUAGAGGCCAUGAAACAGAGAGGCUAUUCGAACCAAAAUACCUUCAGAUCAAUCAAUAGCAUCAUCAUGUGGUUCCCGCAUUUCAAAGAAGGGUUGCAAAAUAUCAAGAAUAUCUUUGAAAAAUACGUUUCUCAAUUUGAUGCUGAUUUAGUACGAGCCGUAAUUAAAAGAACAAAGUGUGUUCUGGCACACAUUCCAGAUGAGGAUUCAAAUGGCACGAUGGAUCAUGAAGAUCUAAAGAAGUGCCUGAGAAUGCUGCAAAUCCAACUUUCGGAGAAGGAUAUUGAUCGUCUUUAUCAUUACUGUGGCAUGGAUGAAAACAAAGGAAUACAAUACCAUGAAUUUAUUGUUCUCCUUUGCUUUGCUUAUCUUCUGGCAGGACCUGACUCUGCAACUAAUAAUAUGUCAAAUUCUGCAUCACGACAUGUUGAAGCCACCUUUGAUAAGCUUGCAGAAGCAUUUGCAUUUCUUGACAAAAAUGGUGAUGGAAAGCUGGAUAAGAAGGACAUCAUUCUGGCACUAAACGAAGCACCUUCAAAGGAGAAAUCACCAACUCAUAUUACAAGCAGAAGAUUCAAAGAAAUGGACAGAAACAAGGAUGGAACAGUGUCUUUCAAAGAGUUCCUUUUCUCCUUGAUAAAAUGGAUUGGAAUAGACACAGAUCAUGAGAAAGAACCUCUGAGAACCAUUGAAGUUUGGUAACACAAGCUUUAUGUUUGUGCUGCAGAUGGUGAGUUUAAUAAUGAGAUUCAUGUUAAUGUCUACUAUUUCACUCACUAGACAUUGAACUUCCUAUUCAUAUUUGUUGCUUUGGGGUAUAAUAUCUCAUGAUACUUACUUUUAGGAAAUUAAGUUUUGGUGUAGUGUUUUUAAUCUGAUUUCUGAAGAAGUAUUCUGUCCAAAAGUAUCUAAAUCAAUGUACACUAAGAGGUUCCCUAAGCUGAAGUAUGAUUGAGAAGUGCUGAAAAUUUUCUCAACAGUAUGUUGA